UCGGCAAGAACACACCAUUUUCAGAACUUAUUAAGGAUUAAUAUUCCUGCCAAAAUCAGCCAUUUCUUGUUCUUUAGGAGGUGAGGAAUCCUUCUGGUUUGCACACCAAACCAGUAAGGAUCCAAAAACAUGUAUCUCCUGGGUUUCUCUGAUUUGGAGAAGCUCUUCUCAAAGAUCGACCUCAACAACGAUGGAGUUGUAAGCAUAGAUGAGCUAACACAACUCUUAGACAAGGUUGGUGUCCAAAUCACAGCAGAUGAGCUUCAAGGGAUCAUGGGAAAAACCAAUCUCAACCUGCAAGAAUUCGUCGCAUUCUAUGAGUCCUUGUCGGCUCAGAUUGAAGAAGAAGAAGAAAGCAGUGAUGAUGAGGAGAAAUAUUUGCUUGAGGCCUUCAAGGUGUUUGACUUGAACCAUGAUGGGUUCAUCACUUGUGAGGAGCUUCAUAUUGUGCUUUUGAAAUUUGGGUUGUUGGGAGAGUCUAGUGAUGGGGACUGCAACAAAAUGAUUUGCAGGUUCGACUUGAACUCCGAUGGGAAGCUCGAUUUCGAAGAGUUCAGGUACAUGAUGUUGCUAAAUGCUAGCCCGUAACAACUAUUAAUGUCUAUGAAGCUUUUGUAAGAGAAUUGAUUCAUGGGAAAGUUUGAUCUUUUUCUUAAUUCCCCACCCCACUCCCUAGGUUAGAGGACUUUGUGAACAGUUUAAUUUCCUUUGAGGAAUGAAUAUUGUCUUUAAGCUUCUUCUAAUAGAUGGAAAAGUUAAUGGAA